AUCCCCGUCUCGCGUCGUCCCCGUCUCCAAGUAAACUCGCAGACGCCCCGCACCGAGCCCAACAAACCCUCGCGCAGCGCACCCCACCCCACCUCUCCUUCGCCGACGCGGCCAUGGCGGCGGUGGCGACUGUGAGCUCGGCCGGCGGGAUCCUCGCCAUGCUCCACGAGCCGGCGGAGGAGCUCAAGCUGCACGCGCUCGCCAGCCUCAACUCCGUCGUCCACCUCUUCUACCCCGAGAUCUCCACCAGCAUCCCCACCAUUGAGAGCUUGUAUGAAGAUGAGGAGUUUGACCAGAGACAGCUAGCUGCACUAGUUGUUUCUAAGGUAUUUUAUUACUUGGGCGAGUUAAAUGAUGCACUAUUGUAUGCACUUGGUGCUGGGCCUCUGUUUGACGUUUCUGAGGAUUCAGAUUAUGCUCAUGCUCUUCUAGCCAAAGCAUUAGAUGAAUAUGCGAGUUUCAAGACAAGAGCUUCUAAAGCUACCGAGGAAGAAGAAAAUGUGGAUCCUAGAUUAGAGGCCAUAGUGGAGAGGAUGUUGGAGAAGUAUGAUAAGAUCCUACCGUUUGCGCAUAUUCUCUUAUUUAUCAGAUGGAGUAUUCAGCUAACGGUUACUCUUUGCUGUAGGUGUGUUCUUGAUGGGAAAUACCAACAGGCCAUGGGUAUGGCUGUUGAAUGCAGGAGACUGGAUAAACUGGAGGAAGCAAUUGUUCGGUGUGAUAAUAUUCACGGGGCUCUUUCAUAUUGCAUCAACCUUUCUCAUCAAUAUGUUAGUCACCGUGAAUAUCGCUGUGAGGUUCUUCGCUGUCUUGUUAAAAUAUACCAGACUUUGCCGCAUCCAGAUUUUCUGAGCAUCUGCCAGUGCCUUAUGUUUCUGGGUGAGCCUGAAACUGUUGCGAAUAUAUUGGACACACUAAUUUCUGGAAGCAAGGAUGAUGCUCUCCUUGCAUACCAAAUUGCUUUUGAUCUGGUGGAAAAUGAAAAUCAGGCCUUCCUACUGAAUGUGAGGAAUCGCCUGGACUCUCAGACUCCUGGUCAGUCCAACCCUGAUAGCGGUUCAGCUUUACCAGUCGAUCAGACUGUUAACGCGGGUACAACUAGCACAGAACCAGCGGGUGAUGUUCAGAUGGGAGAUGACACUACUACGGCAAAUGGAAACGCUCACCCGGUUGAUCCAAAUGAGGCAGUGCAUGCUGAUAAGCUUGCAAAACUUAAAGGGAUACUGUCAGGGGAGAAGUCUAUUCAGCUUACGCUGCAAUUUUUGUAUAGCCACAACAGGUCCGAUCUUCUAAUUCUGAAGACAAUAAAGCAGGCUGUGGAAAUGAGGAACAGUGUUUGCCAUAGCGCAACUAUUUGCUCCAAUGCGAUCAUGCAUGCAGGAACAACUGUAGAUACUUUUCUAAGAGAGAAUCUGGAGUGGUUGAGCAGGGCUACUAAUUGGGCUAAAUUCAGUGCAACAGCUGGGCUAGGUGUGAUUCAUAGAGGCCACCUUCAGCAAGGUCGGGCUUUGAUGGCCCCAUACCUACCUCAAAGUGGUGCAGUUGGUGGUGGCAGUCCAUACUCGGAAGGUGGUGCCCUCUAUGCUUUAGGUUUGAUUCAUGCCAACCAUGGCGAAGGAAUCAAACAAUUCCUCCGUGAAAGCCUUCGCAACACCAGUGCAGAGGUCAUCCAGCAUGGUGCCUGUUUGGGACUUGGGCUUGCAUCUCUGGGGACAGCAGAUGAAGAAGUGUUUGAAGACAUAAAGAAUGUCCUUUACACAGACAGUGCUGUGGCUGGUGAAGCAGCUGGUAUUGGCAUGGGUUUGCUCAUGGUUGGGACAGCCAGUGAGAAGGCCGCUGAGAUGCUCGCUUAUGCACAUGAUACACAGCAUGAAAAGAUUAUCAGGGGUUUGGCACUUGGCAUCGCGUUGACAGUGUAUGGCAGGGAGGAGGAAGCUGACACCUUGAUUGAACAAAUGACUAGAGAUCAAGAUCCCAUACUACGUUAUGGUGGUAUGUAUGCAUUGGCUCUAGCCUACAGAGGAACUGCAAACAACAAAGCUAUCCAUCAGCUGCUGCAUUUUGCUGUAUCGGACGUCAGUGAUGAUGUUCGUAGGACUGCUGUUAUGGGUCUUGGAUUUGUUCUAUACAACGAACCUGAGCAGACUCCAAGAAUUGUGUCCCUGCUCUCUGAAUCGUACAACCCACAUGUUCGUUAUGGUGCAGCUUUAGCUGUUGGGAUAUCCUGUGCAGGAACAGGGUUAAGUGAUGCCAUUUCCUUGUUGGAGCCUCUCACAUCGGACGUUGUUGACUUUGUGCGCCAGGGGGCUCUAAUUGCUAUGGCAAUGGUCAUGAUCCAGACGAACGAGUCCUUUGAUUCUCGUGUUGGAACAUUCAGGCGUCAGUUGGAGAAGAUCAUUCUUGACAAGCAUGAGGACACCAUGAGCAAAAUGGGCGCCAUUCUUGCUUCUGGUAUUCUGGAUGCUGGUGGUAGGAAUGUCACAAUUAAACUUCUCUCGAGGAACAAGCAUGACAAGCUCACUGCUGUGAUUGGCCUUGCUGUAUUCACCCAGUUCUGGUACUGGUAUCCUCUCCUAUACUUCAUUAGCCUGGCCUUCUCGCCAACAGCCAUCAUUGGUCUCAACUCAAACCUGGAAGUGCCGAAGUUUGAGUUUCUGUCACAUGCUAAACCGUCCCUCUUUGAGUAUCCGAAACCGACCACUCAGCAGACUACGACUUCAGCAGUCAAGCUGCCCACAGCCAUUUUGUCAACCUAUGCCAAGGCAAAAUCUAGGGCGAAGAAGGAUGCAGAAAGCAAAGCUGCUAACCAGGAGAAGACAGCAGAAGCAGAAAGCAAAGCUAACCAGGAGAAGUCAACAGCAGAAAGCAAACCUAGCCAGGAGAAAUCAACGGAUGCAGAAAGCAAAGCUAAGACAACGGAAGAUGCUUCUGGUUCUACUUCAGGCGAUGCAGCCAAGACACAGGAGAAGGACGGUGAUGCAAUGCAGGUUGACGGCGCGGCAGAGAAGAAGGCCCCGGAGCCAGAACCUGCCUUCCAGAUCCUGGCAAACCCAGCCCGCGUUGUCCCUGCGCAGGAGAAGUUCAUCAAGUUCAUCGAGGGCAGCCGUUACGUCCCCGUGAGGCCCGCUCCCUGCGGAUUCAUCCUCCUCCGAGACACGCAGCCCAGCGAGGCUGAGGAGCUCGUGCUCACCGACGCCCCCGCGACCGUGGCCACGGGCGCCGGCAACAACGCAGCAGCCGCUGCCGCGGGGCAAGGCUCGGCUGCCAUGGCCGUCGACGACGAGCCCCAGCCGCCCCAACCUUUUGAGUACUCGGCGUAAGCUGCUGUGGUAGGAUGGAGCGUUGUCUGUACUCACCCACUAGCUAUACGUUGUUGCUUAUUCCUUUUUCAAGAGUGCGAGGGAAUUUGUUGUUUGUUGGAAACUGUGUAGAAUCGUCAUGAGUAGAGAACUCAACUCUGAACGGGAGUUACAGGAUAUGUGCUCAACCAAUGUUUGCAUCAAGGAAGACGAUUUGAUUUA